AUGAAUAUAAAAAGUUUAGCACAUGUACUGACAGAUAUACAGAAGCUAAAACGGACGGAAGAAAUGAAACGAUACAGUACCUUUGACAGAAGAAUUUCUUUUUUAAAAAGAAAUAGCAAAAUAAAUAAAAGAAAUUACAAAUCUGGACGAACAAUUUUGGAAAAGAGACUCUCGGCAGUUGACUGUGAAUUGAUUAAAGUCCCAGGAGAUGGUAACUGUCUAUUUCGAUCCAUUUCUUGUAACUUAUUUAAUGAACAAAGGUAUCAUAUGUAUGUACGGAAAAGGUGUGUGCAGCACAUGUUGAAUUGUAAGGAUGAGUUUUCCAUUUAUUUUGAAGAGGGUGCUUUUUAUGAAUACACAGAAAAAAUGUCUCAGAAUGGCUACUGGGGGGAUGAGUUGUGUAUAAAGGCCACAGCAGAUGCCUUUGACUGCGUUGUUUAUAUUAUCACGUCUACUGCGGAUAAUUGGCAUUUGAAAUAUGAAUCCAAGCAUCGAACUGAGGGGAAGCACAAGAAGUGCGUGUUUCUCGCCUACACCAGCCCCGUGCACUACGACUCCUUUAGGCUCACUCGGGCCAACCAGGUUGGCUCUCUCCAAGCGGAGUCAACGCUGGGGCCCCUAAUGUUAUUUUUAUAG